CAGCGCGGCGCUGCCAUGUUGUUGUUUUAUCUUCAGCGCAGAGUUUCCAGCUGCUGUCGGUGUCUGCGGACACGGUGGGCACUUAUUCAGGGAGACGCGCUCCUUUACGGAUAUUUCCUGGAGUACAGCUAAACAUCGAGUCACCGCAAAGGUUACCGCACCCCAGGAGCUACCGUCGGCAGGCGAGGCGAAGAUGGUGGACCGGCUUGCUAACAGCGAGGCCAACUCUAAGCGGAUCGGAUUGGUGGAGAGCUGCUUCGGCGCCGCAGGCCAGCCCCUCGCCAUCCCUGGUCGCGUGCUGAUCGGAGAGGGCGUCCUCACCAAACUCUGCCGCAAGAAGCCCAAAGCCCGCCAGUUCUUCCUCUUCAACGACAUCAUGGUCUACGGCAACAUCGUCAUCCAGAAGAAGAAGUACAACAAGCAGCACAUCAUCCCUCUGGAGGGCGUCACCAUCGACACGGUGCCUGACGAGGGCGAGCUGCGCAACGGCUGGCUAAUCAAGACCCCCACCAAGUCCUUCGCCGUCUACGCCGCCACCGCCACGGAGAAGUCCGAAUGGAUGAACCACAUCGGGAAGUGUGUGAGAGAGCUGCUGCAGAAGAGCGGCAAAUCCCCGACUGGCGAGCACGCCGCCGUCUGGGUGCCUGACUCCGAGGCCACCGUGUGCAUGCGCUGCAAGAAGGUGAAGUUCACGCCCGUCAGCCGGCGCCACCACUGCAGGAAGUGCGGUUAUGUGGUUUGUGGGCCGUGCUCAGAGAAGAAGUUCCUGCUGCCCAGCCAGUCGUCCAAGCCGGUGCGGGUGUGCGAGCAUUGCUACGGGAUGCUGUCGGGAAGCCUCGGGCCGCGCUCGGAGUCCAUGAGCCGGCCGGGCGCCAACUUCAACAACAACACCCUGUCGGACGAUGACGACGAUGAUGACAGCAGUGACUGAGGAACGCCCAAACCUCCACAGGACUCAUCUUGUCUCGGCACUGAGGAGAAUAUACUCUUCCUCUCAAGAUAUCACCUAAUUAUUUUGUUGUUUUCCUUGUUUCUUUGAUUGAAUCUCGAUCCAAGAAGAGGAUUUUUUUUUGUUUGUUUUUCAGGAUUCCUUUCUAUGAUGGAUUUCCUCCAGAAAAAAAUUAAGUUUCUGAAACAGUAAAUUAUCAGGAAAACGUGGAACUAACUGGGUGACCAGCAGAACUCUGGGAUUAAGUCAGACUGUGCAUCACAGCUUCACCUUGUUCUCAUGCCUCCUAAUUAGGCUAAUUCACUACAAAACAAAGGUGCUAACGAGAUAUUCCGCCUGCACUGUCCCCGCAACUUAAUUUGUCCUGAAUAGUUUCUGUUCAUUUUUAUUUCAUUUCUACAACCUAAACUGUGGUGAUAAUUAGCAGGAAACUGAGAGUCUUACCCCCCUUAGCGCCUCUGUCGGCCUUUCUAACAGAUUAUGGAGUUUUUCUACUCUUUUUUUUUUUGUAGAUUUGUCCUCAGAUAAUUAUAGAUUUUUCUGUUUAUUAUCAGAUAAAAUGUAGAUGUCACGCUAAAUGUAGAGAUUUUCUAGUUGAACUAACGCAGUUGCUUCUGACAAAUCAGCUAAAGUCCCCAAAACUAACUCUAACCUCCAUCUGUGCCUUCCAGCAAACAGAGCUUAUGCAUAAAUGAAACAAAGCUGCAAAAAAAAGUAAAACAGGGAAUCCAUGAUGGGCCAACUCCUGAACACCAGGCUGAUUAUCAAAGGAAGGGUAUUGUGAUUGUUCAGGAGCUGGCACAGUGCCUUGUUAGUCAGAGGAUGGACAAAAAAAGUUAGAAUUAUGCAGACAGUCAGUCCUCAGGUUUCCCAGACAGAAAACUCAGUAAAAUGCUGCAUAAAUCGGAUUUUGACCUGAAUAUUUCACUGCUUCCUUGCAGUUCUCGUAUCCACGGUUGUUGGUUGCAGGUUUUCUGAGUUGCAAUCAGCCUCCUGAAACUCACCCGCCUGGGAAUUCCUGGAAUUUGGACCCAGUAUUACCUCAUGGGUGGAGUUCUGUGGAAAACAAAAGGAAAACAUGACGAUGGCUGCAGAUUUUACUUAGCUGGCAAAUUGCUUUUCGGGAACUAACGUUCAAGUUUCUUUUGUACCUGGAUGGAUUUUCUUUUUCUUUUUGUGUUUUGAUUAGAGAGGCAUGGAACAGAUUUAGUCUGAUUUAUGUUUAGUUUGAGUUAAUAAUGACCUGAGAUGUGCUUAAUUUAGUGCUCUAAAGAGAAUAAACCUCCUCUGUUUGUGUAGUUUGUUUAAUUUGUGAAUGAAAACUAGUAGCUUGCAAUAAUCAGGAAGGGUUUUUUUCCUGCUUACAUAUGCAAUUCCUCUGUGAUCUGAGGUGUUCUGAAAUGAAAGACAGGAAAUCAGCGCAGCGUCUUCCUGCCUGUUCCUCCUCCCUCCGCUGAUCUGAGGUCAGAUGAGUCAGAAAACAAACAGCCGUCCUCUGAACUCCGCUUCCUUCCCCUCCGUCGCACCACUCUGACUUUCCAAGGAGCGGCCAGAGUCACAUGGCGCCGUCAUGUGAUCAGGGACCGAACCUGGAAGUGAAAGAGGGCUGGGUGGAACCAGGACUACCUGUCCCAGCCUGCACAAGCGUUCAUCUCAUUAGUCCUCAGAGAGUCCUCAAGAGAGUUUCAUUCCUCUAACAGGAAGUUUAAAAAAAGAGAACAUUUUAUAAUAAAUGGAUGCUGAAGCUGAAAAGCAAGAAGGAGACAGAUUUCUUUCUGCAUUUCUGCAAAAAAUGAAUUAAAGUUGACGUUAAAAUGCAAUAUUAACAAAAAUAUCAAAAUCUUACCAGUUGUGCUGCUUCCUAAAUAAUAGUCUUGAAAAUGAUGCAGUGCUUAUUGCAAACAAACGACAUAAACGUCAUUUUAGCUGCAGGAUAAUAGCUCAGAAAGUGUCACAGGUCGAGCAAAUGAAAAAUCAUUUCAGCCAGCUGUGAAGCGAAGGAUCAGCCAACAUCUUUCUUGAUAAGUACAUAGAUUCCUAUAGAGUUUUGUAAUAUUUGAACAUUUUUGUUUGCUGAGUCAGGAUGAAUAAUUAUACUGUAGUUUGUCUGUGUCUUCAGUGUUUCCAUCAUCAUUUCUCCUGCCUCCUGUUGGAAUGAAACUCAUUUGAGUUAUGAUUAGAAACGGUUCGGGGGAAUAUAAAGUUUUAUUUGCUUUAAAUUCAGAUGAUUAUUUUUCAUUUUAAACUGAGCAUUAUGUGGUUUUUUUUGUUUGUUUGUCUAUACUGAGUCGGCAUUAAACACACCGCUUAUGGCAACAGAAGGAACAAAGGGAUUUUCUUAUCUUUGUCUUGUUAUAGAUGUAAUUUUUGUGUUGCUACAGUUAAAUGGCCACCUGUGAUUGGAGGAAUGGGCAGGUGUUGAUCACUAACUAGCUGUGCUUUAUAGUUGCUGUGGUUGAUGUGCUGAACCCAGAAGCACCGAGUCGGGCCUCAGGUUUGCUGUGGAUUGCACUUAAAAAGCCGACACAUGAACUCUGGUCCGGGUCGCUCCUGGACCAUCCUGUCAGAACCGCAGCGACUCUUUGUUUUGUUCCUGAUGAUUUUUGUACAUGUGUGCAGAUUUGUUUGGGUGUAUUUUAGGUUGUGCAGUCCUGAUCAGUACCAGAAUUUGCCUGUGCUCUGCUUUUUUCUUUCUGCUUCCUUUGAGCUUUUUCAAACAUGGUUAGCAUAAAAAAACACACCAAGUAGGAAUCUUUAUAAUUUACAGCCAGCAUUUGCUGGAUUUUACUGGUUUAUAUUCAUGAUAUUCAGAGGUUGUUUUAUCCUAACCUGGCCAGCUUGUUCAACCAAAGUCCAACAGGUUUGAUUGAAAAUUAAACGUUUAUUUGAUGCUGAAGCAUCAGAGUUGAAAAGAAAUUCUUCCAAAAUGUAAGAGCAGAACAAAAAUCCGUUGGCUGCCCUGCAGCACCCACACACAUCCAGCCAUUACCUGAGUAACCAGGCUGCCUGAGUGCAAACAAACAGGUUAUUUACCAGUUUACAGUUGAGUGAUUAUGCAACAGAAUAAAAAUCCAGCAGGGGAUCGUCUAAAUGCUUCCCGGUGGUGCACAUUUACAACGCAGUAAAAAUCUCUCCUCUUACUGAUUAUGUAUUAAAGGUUUCUGAUUACAUUUAUGAUGCGUUCUCUUUUUUUUUGUUUUUUUGUUUUAAACGCUGAAGCUUGAUUAAGACGAUGACGCAUGUACACAAGUUAUCAAGUAACUUGAUUUUCAUUGUUUUGUGGAGGGUUUAUUUUAAAAAAAAAGCUUGGGAUGGGGGUCACCAAGAGAGCAGAGAAGGUUGUAUUAAUAAACAUUAAACAAGGA